AUGGCCAUCUCACCACCAUUCGCUUCUCUUCUCAACCAUUGCAGCAGCGGUAGUGUUGUAAACAAAAUGAGAAAUUCACCACCACCUCCAUCUAUUCGACUAUUACCCUACCCUACGAAUGUCGAGCUAAAAUCAAUCAAACCCAAGACGAACAAGGAGAAAAGAUCGACAACCACCGACGUUUUACGGCUCAUGGAUAGCCUGCAACUCCCCAUACAAGCUGACACCUAUGUUUCUCUACUCAAGGAAUGCACCGAUUCCAGGGAUGCACUCCGAGGCGCUGAGGUCCACUACCAUAUCCAGCGGGGCAGCCUCAUCCCUCGAAUUAUCUUUGCUAAUCGCCUGCUUCUCAUGUAUGUUGUCUGUGGUGAAUUACACGCCGCCCACCACCUCUUUGAUCGAAUGCCUGCCAGAAAUCCCAUCUCCUGGGCUAUACUGAUCUUUGGUCACGCCGAGAAUGACGAUCACCAACAAGUCCUGAGGCUGUUCCUGGAUUCCAUACGAGAAAAUGAUGGGCUACUAGAGCCCAUUGCCUCUGUUAUUGUCAGUGUCAUCAAGGCAUGUACCCAAUGCUGUUAUUUUCAGUUGGGAAAACAAGUUCAUGGACGGCUUUGGAAGAUGGGUUUCACAAAAGACAUGCUUCUGGCUAGCUCCUUGGUGAGUUUCUAUGUGAAAUUUGGUUGUUUGGAGAGUGCAAGAAAGGUCUUCGACCAAAUGCCUCGUCGUGGUUCCAUCAUUUGGACGUCUAUGAUUGUGGGGUACUGUAGAGAAGAUCGUUUCAAUGAGGUUCUCCAGCUUUUCGAGGAGAUGGGGAGAGCAGGAAAGAGAAAGAACAACUUCACCUUUUCAAGUGUUCUACGUGCCUGUGGGAGGAUGCAGGACGAUGGUCGAAAUGGCAGACAGGUACAUGCCCAGGCCAUCAAAGCUGGGGUUGAAUCGAAUUCAUUUGUACAGAGCAGUUUGGUGGACAUGUAUGGGAAAUGUGGGCUUCUUCCAGAUGCAACAAGGGCAUUCGAGAUGAUUGCUGAGAGAGACAUGGUAAGUUGGAAUGCCAUGCUUACUGGUUACACGAACCAAGGACUCUGCAAUGAGGCUAUUAAGCUUCUGUAUGAGAUGAAAGCUUGUGGGAUAGAGCUCCCAGAAUCAAUGGUUAAUCAAGUACGGAUAGCUUGUGGUAGUUAG